AUGCGUACACCAAAGGUCAGAGGUCGUGUUCCCAUAACGACAAACACAACGCCCACGUGUUGCGUUGAGGAGGCGAUGUCCGAACAGAUCGACGACCGACUAACGGCCUCUCAGGGGGAGCACAAUGUGUCUGAAGCCAGGAGGAGACGUCACAGAUCUACAAGAAGAGGUGGGAGCGCGAUGAUCCGCUCAAACCGGCCCCCGAGCGGCGAGGGUAGGGGAGAGGCUGAGGGAGGCGACGAAGGAGAGACUGAGGGAGGCGAGGAAGGAGAGUCUUCGUCCGUCUACAGCAGUUCUGCCCCAUCUACGAGUGCCAGGUAUCGUCGGAGUUUGAAGAGAGUGAGAGAGAAGAGGCAGGAGAGGGGGACAGUGGAGGAAGAUGGAGGAGGUAGUGAGAGAGAGGGUGGGGCUCAGACCCACCCACCACAGAGACAGGAGGAGGAGGAGGAGGAGGAGGAGAGGGUGGAGGGGAAGAGUGUGCCACUGGCUGCUAGUCCAGAUGGUAGCAAUCUGGACGAUACAACUGCCCGUAUCACCAGCCUCCUCCAGAGAAUUGAGGGUGAUCCCCUUCAGGAAACACAGGAAAAUGAUCACAGGGGUGUCUCUUCGCUUCCCUCCCCCUCUCCUCCCCCUCCCCAACCAACACUGGCCCUCACUGUCCACAAGGCAGACCGUCUGAGACCAGACCUGGUCGUGACACACCCCCUGGUGAGGGUGUGCCUGGUGAGCUGUGAGAGUGGGGAGUUGGUGAAGAAGCCACGCCCCGAUCGGCGAGUCACCUCCUACUACGAGGACGGUGUUGAGUGCAUCCUUCCCGUCCUCACCCAGCCGUGGAGGAAUAAGGGUCAAAGGUUCCAGCCGCAGUGGGAGGAGACUCUGCUGUUCAACGAGGACCUCUCUCUGUUCACCUCUCACCAGAACCUCCUCCUCUUUGAGCUCCUCGAUUUCUCCUCUCCCUCCAACCACCACACUGCCUGGAGGAGCAGGAGACAACAGAUUGGUGGUGAGUCGUGGCACCAGAUUGCCUGGGCUUUUCUUCGGAUGGGGGGAGAUGGGUCCAGAUUACAGGGGUCGGAGGGAGAAGGGGGAGGGAGCGAGGCUAGGGAAAUGGAGGAGAAAUGGAGAAGCAUUGGAAAAGUCUGUCGCCUUCAGCUGUACUGCUAUCCAAAGCGCCGUCGCAGUAAGCCUCUGUCCAGUAUAUCAGAGAUCUGGGAACUUUGGCGUAGCUACAAGAGGAAGCCAUAUCCCAGCACUCUGUACGUCACUCUCAACGAAGCCACACCCACCAGGAUCGAGACCACACCCACAACCAGAUCCAUGGACCCCUCCCAACCUGAGGUCGGUGGAGAGUCAGUGGAACAGAUGAUGGGCAGACUCCACACACACUCACGGAGAACUGUAGAGCCAGUGAAGAAGUUGGUGAGCGUCCCUGUUCGUCUCCCUGGUCACACCUGUCACCUCCCCACCUCCCUCCACUCCCACCUUCACCCUCCCAGCCACGCCACCGGGUGCUCCGUCCUCUCCUUCUCCCCCGACGGACACUACCUCGGAGCUGGCUACACUGCAGCUCCUCAUAAAGACAGAUACACUCUUGUUGUCUAUGAGGUGUCCACUCUGUCAGUGGUCCUGUACUCGGAUGCCCAUCGAGGCUACAUAUACUCUCUGAGCUGGUCACAUGACAGUCACAUGAUCAGCACAGCCUCUGCUGACGGUCUUGUCAAGGUGUUCUCUCUUGCCUCUGGUGGUGAGGUGGCGUCCCUCCCUCACCCCUGCUACAUGUACACCGUCUGCUUCAUCCCUCCUCCACCACCCCUCACCCCCCACCCUCCACCCUCCACACUCCCCCCUCCUCCCCCUCCCUCGCAUCUCCUAUCACUCUUCACUGGUGGCUACGAUAGAGCUAUUCGUGUGUGGACGUUGGGUCCCAGCAGAGUGCAGCUGGCUCAAGAAUUGAAAGGUCACAGAGGUCAUGUGAACUCCAUUUGUGUGGCUUCGUCCGGUGAAGUGAUGUUCUCUGGUGACAGUGUGGGGGAGGUGAUGGUGUGGAGUAGGGAGGAGCCUGAUAAAAAUCUCUGGUGCUUGCAGAGGGCCGUAUCCACACAAAAGUCCCCAGCUCCAGUUCUGUCCCUGUGUCUACACCCUGGAGGAAAGAGACUGUUGGUUCACACAACCACUGGCAGACUGGCCAUGAUAGACCUGAGAGUGUAAGCUUCCCUUUCAGUUCUAACAACUGUUGUGCACAAGGGUGUCGGACAAAAAUGUUACUCUUGCCGUUCCUAGGCCUAACGUUAAUUGCGUUGCGUUGCGC